ACGGACAAGCGCUCUACAUAUUAUAUUCAAUGAGCGUUUUAAGAGAAAGAUUUUAUUCCUCCGGUAUUUUCAAGUUUAAAAACAGUAAAAUAAAAGAAAUAACAACAUUGUGAUUGUGAAGCCCAAACAUGGAUGUUGAUAACCCAAGUGAUUUCUCCGAUCUGCAGCAACAGGCGCUGCAACUCACAGCAGAUAUGGACACAGGAACAGAUCUGCCUCGAGUUGAGAGAAAUCUAACUCAGAUUCUAGAGGCAGGACAGAGGCUGCUAGCUAAAGUAGGACCUAUCAGUCAAGAUGCUACUGAUGUUAAAGCCUCAAUUCUGCUUGGUUCCAAAGGUUAUGAUGUACCAAAAAUAUCACAGAAACUUGAAGGUUUGAGUGCAGCAAAAACAUUUGAGCCUCUGGAGCCUGUCAGAGACACUGAUAUACAGGGUUUCCUGCGGAAUGAGAGAGAAAAUGCUUUACUAGCUGUCAUCGAGCAAACUCGGCAAAAUACAUUUGCUGAAACAGAAAGACGCCACUGGGAGUGUAUGGAGAAUGAAUGGGAGAGGGAAAAACAGAAGAUCCUUAAUGCCCUCCUUGGGUCUGGACAAGAUACAAUAGACUUCCAACCAGAAACUGAGAGUUUCUUGAUGGAUUCAGUGUCAAUGCAGGGACGCAGUGCAUUAGAUAAUGUUGAAAUGGCCUACUCUAGACAGGUAUAUGAUUAUAAUGAACAGAUUAUAAACUCACAUUACAUAAAACCCAACCUGGCUGACAUGUUUGCUGACGCUACAAGAACUCUUGACAACAAGCAUGUACAAGACCUCUGGGAGAUGGUACGUUGUAUGAUAGACAUUCCCCCAUGUACCAGCGGACAGUCGUUGAGGCUGAACAAAAAUACACAGAAAGCUUUUGUCAGAAAUGCUAGAAUGCAUCUAGAACAGUCGUACAAGAAAUUCAUAACUAGCCAGAUUUCUGGAAAUCUCCAGCAAGCACAACUAGGAGGUAUACCUGGAACAUGUAACCUCGUUAGAAGUUAUCUGAACAUCAGACAGGCAACUUUACCGAGAGGACUUGAGGAUGGAGAUGUUGAAGGUCACCCUACCUGGGCCAUGAUCUACUACUGUCUAAGGUGCGGGGACCUGAACGCAGCACAGACAAUUGUACAGAAAGCUGGGCAUCAGCUUGGUGAUUUUCCAACAUUUUUGAAAGAGUACAUGAGUAACGCAGACCAUAGGUUGAGUCCCAGCAGUGAAACAAAAAUUCAUCUACAGUAUAGACGUGUUGUGAAACAGUGUCCUGACCCUUACAAAAGGGCAGUGUUUUGCAUCAUUGGACAGUGUGAUUACAUGGAGGACCACGGGGAUAUAGCAGAUAAGAUAGAUGAUUAUUUAUGGAUGAAGUUAUGUCAGACACAGGUAGAGGCUGAAGACAGAUCAGAUGUUCUUACAUUACAGAAACUACAGACUAUUAUGUUUGAGGAUUAUGGAGAAAGCCAUUUCAAUGGAUACCAGCAACCAUUCCUAUAUUUCCAAGUAUUGGUUCUGACAGGACAGUUUGAGGCGGCUAUAGAAUUCCUGUCUCGUAUAGAGAGGUUACGAUGUCAUGCUGUGCACGUGGCUCUUGUGCUGUAUCAAACAAAACUGCUGUUAUGUUCACAGUCAACACAAGCGCAGCUAUUAAGCAGAGAUCCCGAUGACCCAAGUCCAUUGAGGAGACUAAACUUUGCCAGACUACUGAUGAUGUACACCAGGAAGUUUGAAGAGACUGACCCUAGAGAGGCCCUGCAAUAUUUCUACUUUCUCAGAGAGCUGAAGACCAGUCAGAAUGAAAACCUUUUUAUGACCUGCGUCUCGGAGCUUGUACAAGAAACCAAAGAGUAUGAGAUGCUUCUGGGCAAGUUACUCAAAGACGGAACAAGAAAGCCUGGUGCUAUAGACAAAUUUCAAGUAGAUACUCAAAGAAUCAUAGAGAAGGUUGCCAGGGAUACCGAGAGUAAAGGAGCAUUUGAAGAUGCUGUCAGGCUAUAUGAUCUUGGAAAGAAACCAGACAAAGUAUUGGAGUUGUUGAACAAACUACUAAGCCAGGUGGUGUCACAGACCUCCAGCAAUCAAACCAACAGGGACAGACUGAAAAAUCUGGCGCUAGGAAUUGCAGAAAGAUACAGAAACAGUGGGGUAGCUGACAAUUUAAGAGCAAACACAAGCAGUUUUUACCUCAUCCUUGACCUUAUCACAUUCUUUGACCUUUACCAUGAAAGUAAAAUGGAGGAAGCUUUGGAAAUAAUCAGGCAGCUGCAGUUACUUCCCCUGACAACAGAUGCCGUUGAACAUAAAGUGAACACAUUUAGAAAUUAUUCUGAGGAGGUCCGAAGAUGUCUGCCAGAUGUUUUGUUAGCCACAAUGAAUGUUUUACACAGUCAGUACAAAAAUGCUAGAAAUACAGCACCUCAAAGUCCAUUGGUACGAGGGAGAACAGAUGAUGGAGGCAAAGAAACAUAUUUGAACUACUUGAGAAGUCAAGCCAAGGCACUGAUCAUGUUUGCUGGCAUGUUACCAUACAGAUUACCCGGCGACACAUACGCUAGACUUGUGCAGAUAGAAGUGCUUAUGAACUGAAAUACAGGAUGGCUUAUGUGAUUUUUUUAAAUAUCAGAUGUGACCAGAAACUAUUCAGUAACCCUGCUUUAAAGGCUGCGAUGAAAAUUUAUAAAAUCAUUAACGACAGAAAAGAAACAAAAUGUGAUACAGAGUUUAAAUAUUCACUUGACUGACUACAAAUCCACCUUAUAUGUGUUCAUUUGAUUGUGUUGACAGUCUGAGUGAUGGUCCCUGUAUUAAGAAUGAAAGAAAAAUGCAUUUUGCAAUGAAUGAAUAAUUAGCUCGACAAUUUGAAGAAUAGUGAGAGCUAUUCUACUCACUUGGGCGUGCAAGUUCACAUCUCAGUAACCAUUGCAUUUGGAUUGAAACUUUACACAAAGGCUUCGUAGUCUUGAAUGAAUUUAAUUCAAAUAAUGGCCCUUUUUUCCAUCUUAGAAAAUUUGGUUAAAGUUUUUCAUGCAACUAUCUUUAACCUUUAGCCUGCUGGCGACAAGUGAUUCUGCCUCUGCGACCAGUGCAGACCAAGAUCAGCCUGCACAUCCGUUUUCAGUGAACACCCCUUCGAAUGAUAAAUGGUAUUGCCCAAAUUGAAUGAUGGACCAGUCCAUUUUAGAUAUUUAGCAGACUAAGGGUUAAUAUCAAACUGAACCUCUGACAGUAACAGCUGUAUGUAUUGAAUUUAAACUUAACACAAUGCUUUCCAGUCAUCAGACCUAAUUAAAUACCAAGUUGGGUAACUGUUGGUUGAAUUUUGUUUAAAUUAUGACCCUUUUUUUUUUUACUUUGAAAAUUUGGUUGAAGUUUUGCAUGCAAGUUGAUAUCAUUAACAUAAUAAAAUUUAGAUUUUUUUUACAGUGUAAGAAAAGAACUUAAGUUUCAUAAGUCUUGCAAAGUUAUGGCCCUUGUUUGACUUGGAAAGUGUCGAAUCAUCCAGCACACUAUGUUAUGGACAGCUGUUAUUUAUAAUUGCAAAAGUAUAUUUGACAUUGUAUGAGAAAUGUGAGAUUGACAAUAGAGACAGAAAAAAUAAAGUAGAAAAGUAGA